AUGUUAAAUUUUUUGAUAAUUAUUUUUCUUGCUACGGAAGUAGCAAGUAGUCCAACUAAUACAUCUGAUUUCAAAGAUCGUCGUAUUAUCGGUGGUCAGGAAGUCAACAUUAAGGAUCGACCGUUUCAAGCUGGACUAUUGUAUAUCAAAAAUGGAGUCUUUACCCAAAUAUGUGGAGCUGUGGUAAUACAUGUGCUUUACGCUUUGACGGCAGCUCACUGUAUUGAACUACCAGAAGAACAUUGGCAUUACGCAGUUCAUGUUGGAUCUACACACCGUGACAAAGGUGGAGUAACUACUGCUGCGUGGUGGAUAGAAAUUCACCCGAAUUAUAAUCCACGCACACAUCAAAAUGAUGUCGCUCUAAUACAUGGGCAUAUGUAUGACUCUGGUAGACUCAAUGUUGGAUGCAUACCACUAGCUGACUCGUACUUUAUUAUUCCGGAUUAUGCACAAGCAGUCGUUAGUGGAUGGGGUCGAACGAUACCUGGAGUUCCGUCGUCGGCACCUCAAAACUUACGACAAGUCACUGUCAAUAUUAUACCAAAUAAUAAGUGUCGUUCACCAAAAAGGAUAUUUUACAAUAUGAUUUGUGCAUGGGCAUUAGGGAAGGAUUCGUGUCAGGGAGAUUCUGGCGGUCCAUUGACGUAUAACGGAAAACUAAUAGGUAUUGUGUCAUUUGGUGCAGAAUGUGCAUCUCCCAUUUAUCCAGGAGUUUACACAAGAGUUUCAGCAAUCCGUGGAUUUGUUGCUGAAUACCAAAUGCUAUGUUGCUCGGUUUCCGAAAGCAAGAUGAAUCGACGAGCGGACUAUAAAGUUGCGGCACAAGACGACGUAGAACUUGAACCGCUAGGCGUCAAGGAUACUCCCGAGCAUAAACCUAAUGGAAACAGUAAAUUUGUGCUCGUCUCUUUCGUGUGUUUAUAUGCGGUUGCCAACAAUACGCGAUGGCUUUCGGUGCAAUAA